UCGCGACAGUCGUGUUGCUGCCGUACUGUAAUCAUAUGAUAGGGAGCCUCGGUCCCCGCUGCCGAACACCGACACACCGGACGGACACGAGCGGAGGAGACGAGCUGGUGGCAGGAGAAGAAGAAGGGAGUCGGUUUAAGUGUCCAACAAGUGCCAAACUCCCCCUCUGAACUUUUUCAAACUCUGGACAGAGCCGAGAAGAGGGGUGGGGGGACCGUUGAAGAGGACGGGGCUCACUGACCGAAGAACAGUCGCUUCCCGGGAGCUGAGAGUUGAAUUUUACCCGCUAGCUAAACGAGGCGGUCUGCGACUCGCGGCUGCAGGAAUCCCCGGGAUCAUCCUUUUUGGGGCGUGUUUGUUUUUAUUAGGUGGGAUAAACAGUACCGAGUUCUCCUACUAGAAAGGUCGCUUGAAUCAAGAGACAUGGUUGGGGAGACAGAGGUGAAGGAGAGACCCAAGUCCAACCCGGACUAUCUAAUGCAGCUGAUGAACGACAGGAAGGUGAUGAGCUCCCUCCCCAACUUCAGCGGCAUCUUCACGCAUCUGGAGCGGCUGCUGGAUGAAGAAAUUGGCAGGGUGCGCAAAGACAUGUACAACGACACACUGAACGGCGGCAUGUUCAACGGGCGGGACAUGGAGGAGCUUCCCGAAGCCGUCGGUCCCGUGGCUCAGCUGCAGGAGAAGCUCUACGUGCCUGUCAAAGAGUACCCCGACUUUAACUUCGUGGGAAGGAUCCUGGGCCCACGUGGACUGACGGCCAAACAGCUUGAGGCAGAGACUGGCUGCAAAAUUAUGGUGCGAGGAAAGGGCUCUAUGAGGGACAAGAAGAAGGAGGAGAUGAACCGAGGGAAGCCCAACUGGGAGCACCUCAGCGAGGACCUCCAUGUCCUGAUCACAGUGGAGGACACACACAACCGUGCCAAGAUCAAGCUCCAGCGAGCCAUCAACGAGGUCAAGAAGCUUCUUGUGCCUGCUGCCGAGGGGGAAGACAACCUGAAGAAAAUGCAGCUGAUGGAGCUGGCCAUUCUCAAUGGGACCUACAGAGACGCCAAUGUCAAGACACCCACUGCCGCCUUCCCUUUAGCGACUCCUCAGGCGCCUCGGAUCAUCACAGGCCCAACGCCCGUCCUGCCCCCCACCCUUCGAAACCCCGCCCCCGUCACCACGCCUACCAUCAUGCCUCUGAUCCGUCAGAUCCAGAGCUCCACCCUCGUGCCAGGGGCUAAUCCGCAUCCGGCUCUGGUGCAGCAAGGGCCCGAAUCUGGGAUCAUCUACACACCUUACGAGUACCCCUACACACUCACUCCCUCCAUAUUGGAAUACCCGAUUGACUCAACUGGAGUAUUAGUCCCUUCUCCCUGUGUUUUUGCAGCAGGUGCCAUGACCACUAAGGUACGACGCCACGACAAGAGAAUCCAUCCUUACCAAAGGGUAGUGACCACAGACAGAGCUGCCACGGCAACUAACCCAUGACCCCUCCCCUCCUUGACCUUCUGACCUUUCCGCCCACUGAUGACCCACCCAUCUCUGCCUGCUGGCGUGCUCAUUGGCCCACGGCUCUGCCACUCCCUCGGCCCAGCCAACCAGAGACCAGAACAUUGGGAACAAGCCGGCUGCCUCAGUCUAACCAGCCAACCAGAUGACAGCGUUCACAGGAAUAAAACCUCAGGACCCCGCCCAACUUUACCAAAUGUGCCUUCCUUCUAAACUUCCAAAAUUAGUCUUCACUCAAAAUUUACUAUCUGUAACAGCUGCAUGAGUUUACUGGGAGUGGGCUUCCAACUGGUGAAGGGCUUUUAAACCCAUCCCUGCCUCUGCGAUGCAAUAAUAACGACUUCUAAUAAUAACACAGUAACUUAACUGAUACUGGUGAUACUUAUCGGCACAAACACCCUCCAUUAACACUAAACUGUAGCAGACAUGAUGAAAUUUUAAGUAUUUUUCCACCAGCCAGUACCUUUUUGUUUUAAAAUGCUCCUUUUUUCAGCAUAACACUAAACCUGGUGUCAAGAAUGUUCUUAUCGUGACAUCUUUCAUAUAGGGAAGACGUGAUUGCUUUACAACUUUAUUUUUAAGUGUAAAUGGGUUAAGAUCAAUUACUUCUUGAUAUCUUUAAUCUGCUACAAAAAGCCAUCAUUCAGGAAAGGAAAAUGCCAGCACAGAACUGUUUCCAGCACAAAGCAACAGGUGCUCAGUAUAAGAACAAGCUGGAGUUCAAAAUGCCAAUUUGUCCAUGGGUUUCACUAGCCUGAGCAUCAGCGACUCAGCUGCUCUCCUUUUGUCACUUUCACGACGAUGCCUGUGCCUUUUUUCACACUACAGUAUUGUCUGAGCUUGAACAGCAGUGCCUUUAUUUAUUCAGAGCCAAGGAACAAUGUUCAAUCUUUCACCUAAACGUCACAUAAAUGAGAUUUCAUGUGGGUUUGUUUUGAUUAGGACAUAUUAAGAGUGCCAAAAGAUGUUGCUCAUUAAAUGUGAGCUUCCGAGUGUCUGAAGAAAACAGUGUUAUAUUUCAUGUGCUUCUCUUUGUUUUUGUGUUUGUUUGAAUAUGCCGAAGGAGAUGAAGUCAUCCAUAGAUUUUUGCAUGUUUCAUGUUUUACUCUCACACACACACACACACACACACACACACACACACACACACACACACACAUAUAUAUAUAAUGCAGUUGUAACAUCUGUAACACGUUUAUAUUGUAUUUUUAUAUUCUAUUUUGUAUGCAGAAGAAUAACAUUAAAUGAUAUUUUCAGAAGAGAGAGGUUAUGCCUCAUUAUGGAGACAUGAUUUGUGAAGCGGAGCUAUCCUUUGUGUGUCACUGGUUAUCAUUUCUUCAUGUCCUGAUAAAACUGGAGUCUAUUGUUCUCUGUUUUAACUUUUGAGCCCUUUGAGAUCAGCAUUGCUUGCCUUCUGUGCCUUUUGUAUACGAGUGUGACAAUUAACAGUGUAGUUCAACAUUAAUCUACUCUUUGGUGCCAAGUGUAGGUUACUAACUGUUGCCACUUUGUGAUUAUUAACCACUUUAAUGGUAUCUGUCUCUGCACUAGAUUAUUUUUAAAAACAUUUAAAUAAAAGUGUGUCUAAGAAAAACAAUGAAAAACAAGAAAAAUGAGUGUUGAAUGAUCUUUUAACUUUUAUCUGAGGAGUAACUCUGUUCUUUAUUAAACUCUUAGUUGUUAAACUAA